GCUUGUAUUUCAUGGCGAAUCAAAUCCCACGACUACGCUGUUGAUAUUACUUUAUUAAACCAUGGCGACUCCGGAAGCGACGCAGGUCAGCUCACUGCCCAUGCCGCCCACUCAGUACAUCAACUUGUACACCGAUGAGAAUGUACGUAGAGGAAGAGCUCCCCGUCCUCCUCCGGCCAAUCAUGAGAACUAUUCCAUGUUCGGGAACAUGUUCAAUGCCGACGACACUAUCAUAAGGCCACUCGAAGCGCAAGGGAUCAAAAGGCUUUAUCCCCAGCAUUUUGACCGACGACGCGAGCUCAAGAAACUCAAUCACUCUCUUCUGGUCAAUUUUUUAGACCUUAUAGAUCUCUUGGUACAGUGUCCGGACAGUCCGAGGAGAGCGGAGAAGGUGGAAGACUUGAGCCUGUUAUUCAUCCAUAUUCACCACUUGCUUAAUGAGUUUAGGCCGCAUCAGGCUAGAGAAACUCUUCGUGUUAUGAUGGAGCUCCAGCGUAGACAGCGGACAGAAACCACCCUACGUUUCCAAAAACAUUUAGACAAAGUGCAGGAAAUAUUGCAGCAUGCAUUGCAGAUGCUGCCUGACACCUCGGAGCUAGAUUCAAGCCUUUCUGUCAAUACCGAUGCAAUGGAAGUUAUGGAUACUUUGGGACUAGAGCAACAAGCUACCGAUCCGUGUUGUCCAAGCGACCGUAUAAUGUGCAAUAUUAUCGAUGAAAUGACCACAUCGAAUAAUCUUUACUGAUUAGUGACCAGCAAAGAUUUUUCCAAAAAAUACAAUAACAACUGUGAAUGAUUUAUUGGAAGCUACGUCAUAAGCACUGUUGAGCAGCAAAUAAUUUAACCGUUUGCUGAGUAAUAUGGUUAAAGGCUGCGUGAAGAGUUUUUACUACCUCCAAUUCGCGACUUUUUAAUUUUCGUCGUGUAUAAUUGCAAGGCAAACAAAAAAAAACGUGCUGACUUGAUUGCAGUUUGCUGCUUCGGUUGAGUGAAAUAAUUGUUAUAAUUCAACGCUGUUACAAAACUAAGUUAUAGUGAGCGUAGGUAUAAUUAACAAUUAUUAGUGAAUGUAUCUAGAAGCAUAUGAAUAUCCACAAUGAUUAUUACAGCAUAUCAUUUUAUAUAUAAUGUAAUUAAUAUUUUACACAUUAUUUAUUACUGUGCUCGAUAGCAAUUGAAAUUGAAAUACACAGUGAAUACGGGCGCAUUGCAGCCGCGUUUGACUGUACUUAUCAUUUGUAUAUUUGACUGAUUUUGAAAUAUUUGAAAAAUACAUUCUCAUUUACAUACAAGCCGACUCGUAGUACGCGUAUAAAUACAGGGAUGUAAUAACAAUACACCAGUAAGAUGAAUUAUUGACCAUUAAUGAAGGUAGAUUUCAGCCGAAUGAUUAUAUAGAUUCACAACGCUAGACGGAACAUGAAACCCGUGACUGACUGU